AUGGGAAACCAAGGUGGAUUUCCAGGUGCUGGUGGCAGAAGGCAACCAACUGAAGAAGAGAAGAAGAGACAACGUGAGAGGAGACUCGAAGAUGAGAAAAGAAGAGAAGCUGCUCCGUUGAAGAUAGGUAGGAAAAAGAAGAAGAAGAGUGUUUAUGAUGCUGUGAAGCUGCCUAAAGUCACUCCUAGUGGCAAGUGCAGGCUCAGACUUUUAAGGCAGGAAAGGGUCAAAGAUUAUCUCCUGAUGGAAGAAGAGUAUAUUAAGAACCAGGAACGCCUCAAGCCUCAGAAUGAGAAGAAGGAAGAGGAAAGAAGCGAAGUUGACCUUAUGAGAGGCACACCCAUGCUAGUGGGGUCUCUGGAGGAGAUCAUUGAUGAAAAUCAUGCCAUUGUCAGUCCUCAUGCAGGAUCUGAAUACUAUGUGUCAAUGAUGUCCUUUGUGGAUAAGGACCAACUUGAGCCAGGUUGCUCUGUGCUGCUAAAUAGCAAGAAUUACGCUGUAGUGGGAAUUCUUACAGAUGAUGUUGACCCAAUGGUCAGCGUCAUGAAGGUCGACAAAGCUCCACUCGAAAGUUAUGCUGAUGUCGGAGGUCUUGAGAAGCAGAUUCAAGAGAUCAAGGAGUCAGUUGAGCUUCCUCUAACCCAUCCCGAGUUUUAUGAAGAUAUUGGUAUCAAACCUCCUAAAGGAGUUAUUCUUUAUGGAGAGCCAGGAACAGGAAAGACUUUGUUGGCUAAAGCAGUAGCAAAUCAGACCUCAGCUACUUUCCUCAGAGUUGUUGGUUCAGAGCUUAUUCAAAAAUACCUUGGAGAUGGUCCAAAGUUAGUUAGAGAAAUUUUCCAAGCAGCUGAAGAAAUGGCUCCAUCCAUUGUUUUUAUUGAUGAAAUUGAUGCUGUUGGAACUAAGAGAUACGAUUCAAAUUCUGGAGGAGAAAAAGAGAUUCAGAGAACAAUGCUCGAGCUUCUGAACCAGCUGGAUGGAUUCGACUCCAAAUCCGAUGUGAAAGUCAUCAUGGCUACAAACAAGAUAGAGACUCUUGAUCCUGCCUUGAUUAGACCAGGAAGGAUUGACCGUAAGAUCGAAUUCCCUCUGCCAGAUGUGAAGACUAAAAGAAGGAUUUUCCAGAUCCACACCUCUAAAAUGUCACUAUCAGAUGAUGUUGAUCUUGAAGAGUUUGUCCUCUCUAAGGAUGACAUCUCAGGAGCUGAUAUUAAAGCCAUCUGUACUGAGGCUGGACUCCUCGCUCUCAGAGAAAGAAGAAUGAAGGUAUCAAUGUCUGACUUGAGAAAAGCAAAGGAGAAGACUAUGUACAAAAAGAAAGGAAACAUCCCUGACGGACUUUAUCUAUAAUCCACAUGAAAUUCAAUCAGGAAGUUAUAAA